CUAAACCUAAAAAACUCUUGGUGUUCAAUUCAUCACUGUUCUGUUCCUUUUCGCGCGCCCGAGUCCGAGUCACUGUGUCUCUGAUUCACUUCUCCCGAGUCACGACUCACAACGUAAUCCCUAAAUCUCGUUUGAUGACAACGAUGAACGAGUUUCCUCCUAGGGUUUUGGAAUCUCUCGAUUCCAUGGAUGCAUUCCAUAUUUCCUCUCCAAAUCUUCAACGGCUCCACGAGUUUCUCGCCGAGGAGUUCGAGGUAAUUGAUUUUGAUGGUAUUUCUUGUGUUGAUGUUGAUGGGGCUAUUGAUAAUUUGAAUUUGGAGACUGAUGAUGUGUUGGAUAACAUGCUGCGAAACACUCUUGAUGAUUACACAAAGAAUUAUGACUUUGAAGCUGUGAAAUUAUCAAAGAGUACCACUUUGGAAAAUCACCAACAUCAGAAUUCUGUUGAACCUGAGACAGAAGAUACCGGUGGUGAUGUAUCUUUGUUACAAUCAAGUCAGACUGAAUCAUUUUACAUUAAUUUAGAGGCUGAUGAAUGUGUGAAUUACAGUACUCCAUCAAGUUCUGUGUCUGAUAAUAUUGCAGCGGAUGCAACUUUUUCACAUAAAGGCUUUUCCCCGUACAAUGGUGAUGAUUGCCUGUGCUCAGAAUAUAAUGACAAUAGGAUUGGUGGUCAGUGUAAUUUAAUGAACGGAGAGGCAUCUGGCCAAGGAAUAGAACUGGCUCAACCUUUGAAUACUUCUAGUAUGGUUCUUAAGGAGCAUUUUGUACCAGGAGCUAUAUUGGGAACUUCACCGAGACGUUCCAAAUCUUUUGACCAGCGAUCAUCUAAAUCUAAUCACUGUUUCAAUGGUUCAAUAUCUACAAUGGAGAAAUAUACGGAUCUCAGUGAGCAUCUUCAAGCAGAGCAUUUAAAGGCUAAGUCAUCUCUAGACACAUCAAGUUGUGUAACGGAUGAAAUGAAAAUAAUUGAAUAUUUUCCAGUUGAAGAAAAAUCAAGAUCCUACCCGAUGUCCAUAGAAUACAUUCAGCAACAUUUACAUAUUUUGAGUGAUUCUGCUACUGCUAUCAAUUUUCCAGAUAUGGACGACUCAGAUGACAUAGAAAUCAUUGAAAAUUUCCCAGUUCAAAACAAAUCAAGAUCAUCGCUUGAAGAUGGACGUCGUGAGAAAUACUGUACACCGACAGAAAAUCUUGAACACUUUCCUGAUAUGUAUGAUUAUGCUCCUAUUAGCAACGAGGUCUUCAAUGAUGAUGUUCAGAUCAUUGAUAACUUGAGUGAUUCUGCUGCUGCUAUCAAUUUUCCAGAUAUGGACGAUUCAGAUGACAUAGAAAUCUUUGAAAAUUUCCCGGUUCAAAACAAAUCAAGAUCAUCGCUUGAAGAUGGACGUCGUGAGAAAUACUGUACACCGACAGAAAAUCUUGAACACUUUCCUGAUAUGUAUGAUUAUGCUCCUAUUAGCAACGAGGUCUUCAAUGAUGAUGUUCAGAUCAUUGAUAACUUGAAGCUGGAUUGGUCACCAACUCUGCAAAUGCAUCGAGUUUCUAAUGCUGCAGUAGAUAAUGAGGUCUUCAAUGAUGAUGUCCAGAUCAUUGAUAACAUAAAACUAGAUUUUUGGGCGGAGCCACCCGCAAAGAAGAUGCGGCUUAUGCAUUUUCCCGGUGGAAGUGAUGGAAUCCUAACUUCUUUUACCUGCACAUGAUUUUGAAUAAUUUCUUUAAGUUUUUCUUUUGCAACAUGUAAAUAGUGGCAAGUAGCAGUGGUUACUUAUAUAAUGCCAUUUUAUUCAGCUGUUGGGCAAAAACACAUUGUUUUUGUGACACCAACACACUCAUUAUUCAUUAUUUGUUCAAUUUAUGUAC